GUCCUCCUCGCCGGCGGAAGCUACCCUCUACGCGGGCGCGGCGGAGUUGCGGCGAUGGCAUCCUCGGCCAAAGUCACCAUCACCCUCGGACGCAGCGGCCAGGUUGUUAAAAGGCGAACUAUUUCUGAUAUCGGUAUUCAUGAUGAAUUGCCAGUAUCAGGAAGAAAGCGACCUGUUAGAGAGAGAUUAGGAAAUACUGUGGUUGAUUCUGAUUCGUAUGGAAGCCAGCAGGGUAAUAAAAGACGGCAAACCGAAAGCAGUAGCUUACAGAUUGGAGAUGAUGGUUUGGUUGAAGUUCGCCAGAUUGGCAGGCAUGAUUUAAGGCUGAAGCUAAUGAGGAAAGGCUUGUCAAAGAAGAGCAACAGUGAGACAGAACAGAAUGGAGUGGAUCUCCGUGAAAAGCUUUCACGGAAUUCAAAGAAUCUCCAGGGAUAUGAAGCCAGAGGGCGUGUUCCAGAAUCAAGAUCUAGUUAUGAUGUGAGAGAGGUCCCAGAAUCAGGAUCUGGGUAUGGUUCGAGGGGGAGAGUCCCAGAGUCAAGAGCCUCUACUCUUGCAAGCCAAUUGCCCUCUGCACGGUGUGCAGACGAUUUGAUCAAGUUUGAUUCUUCAGGAAAACCUUAUUCCUCAUGGACUGCUGGUGGUUUGAGGCAUAGCUCCCCAGACAAUCUUCCAAGUGUUCGAAGGGACUUGACCCCCCCAAGAAGUGUUCGAAGAGGCAUGUCUCCUCCAAGGAGUGUCCGAAGAGGCAUGUCUCCUCCAAGAAGAGGCAUGUCUCCCCCAAGAAGUGUUCAAAGAGGCAUGUCUCCCCCAAGAAGUGUUCGAAGAGGCUUGUCUCCCCCAAGAAGCGGUCGAAGAGGCUCGUCUCCUCCAAGAAGUGUUCGAAGAGGGAUAUCUCCCCCAAGAAGUGUUCGAAGAGGCAUAUCUCCCCCAAGAACGUAUGACCAGGCCAGGUCCAUUCCACCUCCUGGAUCUGUCGGUGCCACAAGAUCUUCAAGUCACAUCGCAAGAGAUGUUCCUGACACAUUAAGAACCCAUCAACCUUACGAAGGAAAUUCUACCAUUUUGCUUGAUACAGUACAACCAGCUAAUGGAAUCAGUUCAUCUGGCGCACGUCUGCCUAUGGACACUGUACUGACAGAAGUACCGCUGACAGUUACUGGAUUACUGAAGUCACUGGGACUUGAGAAGUAUGUUUGUCUCUUUCAGGGCGAGGAGGUGGAUAUGACUGCGUUGAGUCAGAUGAAAGAUGGCGACCUGAAAGAUAUGGGAGUACCAAUGGGACCUAGGAAGAAGAUUCUCCAAGCAGCGGCACCCUAUGCAAAACAAUGGCAAAGAUGCCCCAUGAUCUAGGACGUGGAACAUUGGCUGGAGAAUGCAAUUUACUGAUAUUAUUGCUGCCAUGUUGUUGGCUUGUAUAAAGUCAUCUCUGUCAGCUGAUGCUCCCAAUUCUUCCAUUCACGAUCUGCUACCCAUCAGUAAUUGUGAAGAGUGGCAGGCUUUAAAACAGAUGGGUACAUAUGUGUCUAGCAGCGUGAUCGGCCUGGGCUUUUUUUGUAUUUCGGAAACAUAUGGGAGUGACAACUAAUCCAAUCUAUUAUGUAUGCCAAAUGGCCAUCAAAUUCA